CGGCAGCGAAUCGCUUGCACACGACUUCGGUUGGCUUCCUCGAAAAAGAAACCGUAGCAGGUAGCAUCCAGUUUAGGCGGGAAAUCACAAAGCACUACUUGGUACGCUCUAUUCUGCUGGCUGCUACUGAUGGUAAUGAGGUGAAGAGAAAAAACCUAAUUGGAUCAAAACCACGAAAAUGGCUCCGAGAAAGAAAUUGAAGUAUGCAACACCAUCUUCAUCUUCAGCGACGAAGAAAUCCCACUCAAAUCAACAACAAUCGCAGCCUACCAAGUACGGGAUCCAACAUUUCUUCCAGCGCCACUCUCAAAGUUGCUCAUCUUCUCAUCCAAAGCUCUCCAAUUAUCCCAUACCACCUUCUUCCCUCUCUUUUACACUUGACCAAUGUAAUGCACUUCACAACCAUCCUAAUGGAAAUGCCCCAAAUUCGGCUGCUUCGACCUUGCCAAAACCUAAAGCUGCAACCUAUCCCAAUACCGACGGAUCAAAUUCACGAACCACAGAAGCGUACAAAGGCUCUCAGGAUAUUCCUCCUCAGAAUCGCAUAACCAUUGACAUGGAUGCCGCCGAGGACAAUACGACUUAUAUCUCACCCAAUAUUUCCAAGUCCGUUUCUCUCGAUCUCCAUCGCUUCAAAUUCUCGCCUGGAAUGUUGAUAAAGCAGAGCCAGGAUGACGGGGGUGACGAGAUCACGUGGAAGAUUUCUCCAGUGAAUGAAAGACUACAAGCUAAAUCGAAGUACAUGCCACAAGUCACAAAGGAGUUGGCAGAUUCUUCAAAGAUGAACUCUUUAAGCAUCCGCCCUUGCUCAUUAAACAAGACUUCAGGCGCAUCUGGAAAGGUUCACACAGGGCUCUCUUCACCAACACGGGAGGCCACUGAAACUUCUUUCUCUGCAAAUAGAGUUGGCUUGAAAGGGGAAAUCUUAUUUCAGGACAUGGUUAGUUAUGGAGGCAUGACUGACGGGAACAGCUCCCUUGCUAGUAGACAGAGUCCUUUCAGAACUCCGCCAUCUUUAUCCUAUUGCAACGAAGGGCUUGCUAUUGAAAUUGAAUGCAAUGAAGUUACGGAUCAACUGAGUUUGAGACAGCACAAAAAGGCAUUGCUUGAACUUUUAGAUCAAGUAGAGAAUGUAAUUUCUUCUGAAGAUUCAGUAUUGAGCGGCAACAAUGCAUAUUCAUCUACAGUUCAACAUGGUAAUGGCAAUGAGACGACCUCCAGAGCUGACCCUCUAGUACACAGAGUAGCUCCAGAUCCAACAAAAAGGUUAACUAAGUCAACACUAAAACAAAAUUUUCUUGUAUUAGAGGUCACGGAGAAGCAUAUGCCUGUCGACUCCUCUGAUGUUCAAUGCCCAUACAAGGUUCUUCGCUUGCUGGAUGAGCGGGGUGGAGAAGAACAAUCUGUAUGUUUGCGUGGAGAGUGGUUUUACAGUGUCAUUGCACCUGGGGAUACUGUAAAUGUGAUUGGUGAAUUUGAUGAGCAAGGAAAAUGUGAAGUGGAUCACGAAAACAAUCUUUUGAUUGUUCACCCUGAAAUUCUAGUCUCUGGAACUCGAGUUGCUGCAAGUUUCAGUUGCCCCAGGCGUACUGUGCUGGAUGAGAGGCUUAAAAGCAAUGAUCAUUCGGAGGCAGCAUUGAUUGGUACCUUACUGCACCAAAUAUUUCAGGCUGGACUAAUAAAUGAGAAGCCUACUAUAAACUUGUUGGAAGGAUAUGCCAGAAAAGUUCUCCACAAAAAUAUUGAGAGCUUGUACGCGUGUGGAGUCAAUGAAAAUGAUAUGCUCAAGACCUUGGUUGAGGCUAUUCCAAAAAUAUUAAAUUGGAUCAUCUUAUUCAAAAGUUCACAGGAUUCAAAAGUCCCCAUUGUUGAUUUUGGUUCGGAUGAUGGAUUGAAAGAGCUAAGAAUAACUGAGGUCAUUGAUAUUGAGGAGAUGGCAUGGGCCCCAAAAUAUGGGUUGAAAGGCAUGAUAGAUGCUUCUAUCAGAGUAAAGGUUGAGAGAAUGAGAAACGGCAUAGAUGAGAAGAUUGUGCCACUAGAGUUCAAAACUGGGAAAAUUCCCAGUGGACAGCCAUCUACGGAACACUGUGCUCAAGUCAUCUUGUACACUCUCCUUAUGUCGGAGAGGUACCAGCAACAUAUUGAUUCUGGUAUUUUACAUUAUCUCCAGUCAGAUCAGACAAAGGGAAUUGUGGUACGGAGGUCUGAUGUGGUUGGGCUAAUUAUGCGUCGUAAUGAGCUUGCCCAUGACAUUCUUAAGGCAUCAAAAAUGCAACAACUGCCCCAAAUGCUACGGAGUCCAAGCAUGUGCAGAAGUUGCCGUCAUCUUAAUGCUUGCACCAUCUAUCAUAAGGUGCAUGGUGGAAGCACUGAAAGUAGUGGACUGGGCGAUAUGUUUGAUUCACAUGUUCAACAUUUAACUGCUAGUCACUGCGCUUUCUUUCGACAAUGGGAUCGGUUGAUUGACUUAGAAGCUAAAGAAACACAGCUUCUGAAAAAUGAAAUCUGGUGUUCACAUGGUUUGACGAGAGAUAACUCCUCUAGUUGCAUUUCUUCUAUUGUUCUCGAUGCCUUAAAUGGUCUUUCAGAUGAAAAUAUUCUCAAAGACAGCCGAUUUGUCUAUCGUUUUUUGCCUCAACGAUUGCCUCGUUGCAAUGUCUAUGCAUCUAAUGGAGAUUCUUUGAGUGCUCAGCCUUCUCCAAAGAAUGACUUAGAUUGUACACUUAAAAUUGGAGACUAUGUGAUUCUUAGUACUGAAUCUGGUCACCAGACUAUUGCAAGUGGAGUCGUAUCUGAUAUCAGUCACUCUCAUGUUUCUGUUUCUUUUUCUAAGCGCUUAAGACUUCCAGGUAGUAAUUCUUUUUCAGAAGCCAAUCGUCUCCUUCAGGAAGUCUGGCGGAUUGAUAAGGAUGAAAUUAUGACUUCAUUUUCAGUUAUGCGGUUCAACCUUGUACAACUUUUUCUACAGUGCGAGCAGAGUUCUCAUCUUAGGAAGAUGAUUGUUGACCUUGAGGCUCCUAGAUUUGAUAGUGGCUGUAUAUUUAGCCAAGAUCCUGCAAUAUCUUAUAUCUGGUCAGUGAAGAGUUUAAACGGUGAUCAGCGCCGAGCAAUUCUCAAGAUACUUACUGCCAAGGACUAUGCUUUAAUACUAGGAAUGCCUGGCACUGGGAAGACAUCAACUAUGGUUUAUGCUGUCAAGGCCUUGUUGAUGAGAGGUGCAACUAUCUUGCUUACGUCCUACACAAACUCUGCUCUUGAUAAUUUGUUAAUCAAAUUGAAAGCUCAGGGUAUUGAUUUUCUACGCAUUGGAAGACAUGAAGCUGUUCAUGAUGAAGUUAGGUCCAAUUGCUUUUCAGCAAUGGACAUACAGAGUGUAGAAGAAAUGAGAAUAAGAUUGGAACAAUUCAAAGUUGUUGGAGUAACUUGUUUGGGAGUUGCUAGUCCCUUACUUGCAAACAAGAAAUUUGAUGUAUGCAUAAUGGAUGAAGCUGGACAGAUAACCCUACCGAUAUCCUUGGGACCCCUGAUGUUUACUUCAAAGUUUGUUCUUGUUGGUGAUCACUAUCAACUGCCUCCACUUGUUCAGAAUACAGAGGCUCGAGAAAAUGGAAUGGGGAUAAGUUUGUUUUGCAGGCUCUCUGAAGCACACCCUCACGCGAUUUCAGCUUUGCAAAGCCAGUAUCGUAUGUGUCAAGGCAUUAUGGAACUGUCAAACGCCUUGAUAUAUGGUGACAGAUUACGUUGUGGUUCUCUUGAAAUAGCUAAAGCAAAACUAAAAUUUUCAAGUUUAAGAGCUCAUGCGUCUUGGCUACGUAAGGUUUUAGAUCCAACCAGACCUAUUGUAUUUAUUAACACAGAUAUGUUACGUGCAUUUGAGGCAAAAGACUCCAAGGCUGUGAAUAACCCGAUGGAGGCUUACAUAAUUGCGGAGGUCACCAAAGAAUUAAUUGACAGCGGGAUUGUUGGUGAAGAUAUUGGAAUCAUUACCCCCUAUAACUCCCAGGCAAAUCUCAUCCGAACAUCUGUUUGCACAAUCUCUGUGGAGGUGCAUACCAUUGAUAAGUACCAGGGAAGAGAUAAGGACUGCAUACUGGUGUCUUUUGUUAGGUCUAGUGAAAAUCCCAGAAAUUGCAAUUCGUCACUGCUUGGAGACUGGCAUAGGAUAAACGUGGCACUCACACGUGCUAAGAAGAAGUUGAUCAUGGUGGGGUCAUGCAAGACCCUUUCAAAUGUUCCACUGUUGAAGCUUCUCAUGGAGAAGGUCAAUAAGCAAUCUAGCAUUUUGAAUGUGUCUGAGAAGGAUAUCAACCUCGAAGAGCACAAGAGAUGCUGUCAGGGCAUACACAGGAAUGACAUUACAUAAGUUUUGACUUCCUUUUCUCUUCUUCGCUCAUCUAAAUGGCCUUUUUUUUUUUUUUUUUUUUUUUUU